AAGUCAAUUCUCAAACUCACAAUCAAAGCCGGCGCCAAUUUCAUACCCAAAGAUAAGGUUCUGUCUCUCUCUGUCUCUCUGUGGCUCUCAUAAUCUCUCUCUCUCUCUCUCUCUCUCUCUGGGGCUCGAGAGAGAGUGAAACUGAAGCAGAGCGAUUCUGAUAAACCCUAGCAUUAGCAACAAUGGUGGCUACUACUCUGCAGGCUUUUCUUUGCUGCAAACCCUCGCAUUCUCUAUCUUCUUCCAAGCGUUUUCAUCUUCAUCUUCCGCGUUGCUCUUCUUCUCUCUCUUUCAACCCACUUUCUCUCUCUACCUUCACUUCCCCUACUUUCCAAAGAUCUCGAUUUUGUCCCCGGACUAUUAGUGUUGUUGUUCCUUGCACAUUGCGUCCCGAAAGCGCGAGUUUCGAUUCCGAAAGGUUGGAUUUUUCGGAUGCGAGUUCGGUUUCCGAUGCUAAAGAUUCGAAUUCCGUGGAUUUUGAUGGCGAGAGCGCGAGUUUCAAUGGGAAUAGUUCGGUUUCUGAGUCUGGGCAUUCGGAAGUUGAUGAAAUUGAGAUGAAGAGUGAGUUUGGGGAGGUGGGUUUGGAGAAUGGGGAAGUGGGUAGCGAGGGAAAGAGCGAGAAAGUGGAGGAAAGUGAAGGAAAGGGUGGGAAUUUGAGUGAAAGUGAGGAGGGGAAGAGUGGGAAUUUGAUAAAGAGUAAAAUACCAUUGGUGGUGUUGUUGAUGGGGAUGUGGGUGAAGGCGAGAAAUUGUUUUGAGAAGAUGAUGAAGUGGGAUUGGUUAAGUUGGUGGCCCUUUUGGAAGCAGGAAAAGCGGUUGGAGAAGUUGAUUGCAGAAGCUGAUGCAAAUCCCAAAGACCCGGCAAAGCAAAGUGCUCUGCUGGCUGAGCUCAAUAAGCACAGUCCAGAAUCAGUCAUUAAGCGUUUUGAACAAAGGGAUCAUGCAAUAGACAGUAGAGGAGUUGCAGAAUAUCUUCGAGCUCUUGUCGUCACCAAUGCCAUCACCGAAUAUCUUCCAGAUGAGGAGACUGGAAAGCCUUCUAGUCUUCCUACAUUGUUGCAAGAGUUGAAGCAGCGGGCGUCAGGCAACUUGGACGAUUCCUUUCUAAACCCUGGCAUAUCUGAGAAGCAACCAUUGCAUGUUGUGAUGGUUGAACCUAAAGUCUCAAACAAAUCACGUUUUACGCAAGAGCUUAUCUCAACUAUCUUAUUUACUAUAGCUCUUGGAUUAGUAUGGAUACUGGGUGCUGCUGCACUUCAAAAAUAUGUUGGGAGCUUGGGUGGGAUAGGAACAUCAGGUGUUGGCUCUAGUUCUUCCUAUUCCCCGAAGGAGUUAAAUAAAGAAGUUACGCCAGAGAAGAAUGUUAAGACAUUUAAAGAUGUCAAAGGUUGUGAUGAUGCAAAGCAGGAGCUUGAGGAAGUAGUGGAGUACCUAAAAAACCCAUCUAAAUUUACUCGCCUUGGGGGGAAGUUGCCAAAGGGAAUUCUUUUGACUGGAGCACCCGGAACUGGAAAGACUCUUCUUGCCAAGGCUAUUGCUGGAGAAGCUGGGGUACCUUUUUUCUAUAGAGCUGGAUCUGAAUUUGAGGAAAUGUUUGUUGGUGUUGGUGCUCGGCGUGUAAGAUCCUUAUUCCAAGCUGCUAAGAAAAAGGCUCCUUGUAUCAUUUUCAUCGAUGAAAUAGAUGCUGUUGGGUCCACAAGAAAACAAUGGGAAGGCCAUACAAAGAAAACAUUGCAUCAAUUGCUUGUCGAAAUGGAUGGCUUUGAACAGAAUGAGGGCAUAAUAUUGAUGGCUGCAACAAACUUGCCAGAUAUUCUUGAUCCAGCUUUAACAAGGCCUGGUAGAUUUGAUAGGCAUAUUGUUGUUCCAAAUCCAGAUGUAAAAGGUCGUCAAGAGAUAUUGGAGCUCUAUCUACAGGAUAAACCAUUGUCUGAUGAUGUAGAUGUCAAAGCGAUUGCUCGAGGUACACCAGGAUUCAAUGGGGCAGAUCUUGCAAACUUGGUUAAUAUUGCUGCCAUCAAAGCUGCUGUUGAAGGUGCAGAAAAACUAACAGCUACUCAGCUGGAAUUUGCAAAAGACAGGAUAAUAAUGGGUACAGAGCGGAAAACAAUGUUUAUAUCAGACGAGUCAAAGAAGCUCACUGCAUAUCACGAGAGUGGCCAUGCAAUUGUUGCCUUCAAUACAGAAGGCGCACAUCCAAUACACAAGGCAACAAUUAUGCCACGUGGAUCUGCUUUAGGAAUGGUCACCCAGCUUCCAUCAAGUGAUGAGACAUCAGUUAGCAAGAAGCAGUUAUUAGCCCGUCUUGACGUUUGUAUGGGAGGAAGAGUAGCUGAAGAGCUUAUCUUUGGUCAGGAUCAUGUCACUACAGGAGCGAGUAGUGAUCUUCAAACAGCUACAGAGCUAGCCCACUAUAUGGUAUCAAGCUGUGGGAUGAGUGAUACAAUCGGGCCAGUUCACAUCAAAGACCGGCCAAGUUCAGAAAUGCAAUCACGUGUUGAUGCUGAAGUAGUGAAACUCCUAAGAGAAGCAUAUGAUCGUGUAAAAGCCUUGCUAAAGAAGCAUGAGAAGGCAUUACAUGCACUGGCAAACGCACUUUUAGAGUAUGAGACACUCAGUGCUGAAGAAAUUAAGCGUAUUCUUCUUCCUUUCCGCGAAGGACGGUUGCCAGAGCAACAAGAAGUACAAGAAGAAGAAGCGGACCUUGUAUUAGUUUAGAAUUUGGCUCCCUUUCUUGUCUGUAGUUUACUUGACUGUGGGAGAGGCUCUGUACAGUUUAUUUGAAGCAGCACAGGUCCACAGGUGGAUUCUUUAUGCCACUCUCAAUUACCCUCUCCUUGUCACAAGUUGUUAUUGGAAGUCUAUUCAUAGACGCCCAGAUGCAUAAAUGAAGCAACCAUCUGGCCUCUGCUCUCGGACAAUAAAGGUGUUAGAUAUCUUGUAUUAUUUUGAGAAGUCCUGUAACUUUUACCCUGUAACCUUUACCCCCACGGACAAUAAAGGUGAUAGAUAUCUUGUAUAACUUUUACCCCAUUUUGGGUAUAAUUUUGAAGGAAAUUCAAUUAUUUGGGAUCA